UGAGAAAUUGCGUGUGGGUUUUGUUUCUGUGGAAUUGUUCAUCAUAAUCUAAGUAAUAAAUUUAUAUAAUCACAAUUUGGUGUUUACAGCAGUUUGUGUUACUAAAAAUGUGGAUAUGAUUAUUUUCUUAGACCAUUAGGAUAGUAUUAUGUAGUGAUUCAGUAUUUAAUAGAUCGCGUAGCUAUAUUGAGAUUUUCAAGAUGGACGGUAUGUUGUGUGUGUCUGUCAUGACAAAUAUGUCAUGCCAAUUAGUUGGUUUUGCUUAAUAAGUGACGUGACCUUAAGAAUUAACAAUGGGAGCAAGAGAUUCUAAGCCGUGUUGUAUCACAUACGAAGAAGCUGUCAAAAGGGUCACUGAUGCAGAACUUAAGCGACUAAAAGAGGCGUUUAAAAGGGUUUCCACUCUGAAUGGUUGCAUAACAAAACAGUCUUUUAUAAAAGAUGUUUUGGGGGAAGGGGUGCCUACACCAGUGGCAGAGUACAUCUUUAGUGCUUGUGGUGGAACACAGAAAGGAAUAGGUCUUAAAGAUUUACUUUGUGGUCUUGUGCUGCUGACCAGAGGACGAGAGGAAGAGAAGUUAAAAUUUCUAUUUGGGCUUUAUUCAAAUGAAAGUGGAAGCUAUGUUGUUCGUGAGGAACUGCAGUGUAUGCUUCAAGCCUGUGAGAAUGGUUAUGUUCCUGAUUCAAUUGCUAGUCUUUUCUCAGAGCGAGACCGUGCAUCAUAUGAGGAAUUUCAUGAUUGGUUGACAGCCCAUCCUGAUGCAACAUCUUUGAGUCGGUGGUUGCUCUCAGAACCUUGUACUAUUACACUGAGCAAUGAAUUGGAGACACCCACAUUUUACCAGACCCUGGCAGGUGUUACACAUUUGGAGGAGACGGAUAUCAUGGAGUUGGAGAAACGAUACUGGCUCUUGAAGGGGCAGUCACAUACUGGAAAAUUGGAUCUCGACACACUAGUCCCACUCAUCAGUCCCCCAGUUCCAUUAUCAGUUUGUCCGGGAGUGUUCGGAGCUUUUGAUGAGAAUCGAGACAGUCAUAUUGACUUCAAAGAAAUGGCCUGUGGAAUUUCUGCAGCUUGCAGAGGGCCACUCACAGAGAGGCAGAAAUUUUGCUUCAAAGUGUUUGACAUUGACAGAGAUGGAGUUCUCUCAGAAGAAGAACUUCAACACAUGAUUGAUGUUCUGCUGUUCGUUUGUCGUGAAAACAAGUCUCCUGAAGAACUGGCGUUGGAUCCUUACGGACAAGCUGACACAGCUGCAGUCUUAAUAGACAUCCGGAAGCAUGCUAGCGGUGACGGACUGUCAACUGAAGAAUACCUUAUGUGGACAGUGAAUAAUCCUCUUCCAAUGGAGUUUCUGAAUCUCUUAUUUCAAGUAUGUCACAUUGUUCUUGGCCUACGACCAGUGUCACGAGAGGAAGAGGGAGACAUUGUGAGAGGGUGGCUGGAACGGGAGGAACGUCGUGGUUACAGAGUUGGCCAGUUCUGGUAUCUGAUUGCUAUGGACUGGUGGAGGAGUUGGAAUGACUAUGCCACCUUCAGAGCUGGCAGUGAAAGUCCCCUGACCAACUCAGCAAAUGGAAGCUGUUCAGGAAGCAAUACAGGUAGCUUGAAGCGCACUGGUCGUCUGUCAGGGAGACGAAUGCAGCAGCAGUUCUCUCUUGUAGAAGAUUGUGUUGCCCUUGACAACAAUAGUUCUGUAGUAGUGACAGGGAUAAAUCCACUGGACAAUGCAGUAUCCUGGGAUACGUUUAGUUGGCAACAGCGUGCUCUUGGGGCAAGUCCUAAGAAAGCCAGUUCCAGCUCAUUAAGUCUUCUGGGUACCCAAGAUUGUUCAAGGCCUCCUAGUGUCACAUCCAGUCCCAGCCAUUCCCCACGGCAGCCGAGGAAGACAAUGCCAAGUUCCGCAGUGGGUCCCCCCUCUGCACCAGGUCCCAUAGAUAAUACAGUUCUGGUUGCAACCCCUGCUUGCAAGGUGGUAACACUCACAGGCGAGGGAGGCAAAUUGAAGCGAAAUCUAAUGCUAGUGAGGUGGCGAGAUUUUGAAUUGGUACCUGACUCACUCUGGAAGGCUCUGUUUCAGUGGUAUGGAGGUGCUCCUGCCCUACCUAGACAGGUAAUACUUCCCAGGGACAGUCAGCAAGUGGAGCUAGAAUUAUACCCAUUGAAUCUUCGCCUGCUUCGGCACCAGGCUCAACCAGCUCGUGCUCCACAGACAGCAUGGUCUGGAAUGGUAGGAGGUUAUGGAGCAGCUGCACUCAGCACAACAGGCUAUGCAUAUGUGUCAAACUUACCAACACCUCCAAAACGUUACCUAGCCUAUGUGGCUGCAUUCAGUCGCAUGGCAACAGUUAAGCAAGUAUAUGACUUCUUAUGUUCUCGUCUGAGGAUUCGACCAGAAGACAUGCGUCUUUGGCAUUAUCGUGAUGAGAACAACAUGCUGCUGAUAGAAGAUGAAGAACCAACACUGGAGGAUCUUGGUAUUUUAGAUGAAGACCAACUUCUCAUAGAGGUUCGGAACAAAGAUCUCACUUGGCCAGAGGAGAUGGGAUCACUUGCCACACCAAUGCAGGAUAAACGUAAGCAGGUACCUACGGAAAAGGGAGCUACUGGUCUGAACAAUUUGGGUAACACGUGUUUCAUGAAUGCAGCACUGCAGUGUGUGAGCAAUACAUGUGCUCUCACUCAGUACUUCACUGGCAACAUGCACCUUUAUGAACUGAAUCGGAAUAACCCGCUAGGAAUGAAGGGACACAUAGCUAAACGAUACGGUGAUCUGAUCCAUGAUAUAUGGAGUGGCACUGCUAAGACUAUAGCUCCUUUAAAACUGAGGUGGACAAUAGGGAAAUAUGCUCCUAGGUUCAAUGGUUUCCAGCAGCAUGACUCUCAAGAGCUUCUUGCAUUUCUCUUGGAUGGCUUACAUGAGGACUUGAACAGAGUUUAUGACAAACCAUAUGUUGAACUAAAGGACAGUGAUGGCCGUCCUGAUGUUAUUGUUGCACAGGAGGCUUGGGAAAAUCACAUUCUUCGCAACAAGUCCAUCAUAGUGGAUUUGUUUCAUGGUCAGCUCAAGUCCAAAGUAACAUGCAAAGUGUGUGGACAUGAAAGUGUUCGGUUUGACCCCUUCAACUACCUGUCUCUACCCCUACCUAUGGAGAGCUAUGUCCAUGUUCAGGUCAUUGUUAUCCGAUUGGAUGGGUCAGUUCCUGUGAAGUAUGGCCUGAGGCUGAAUAUGGAUGAGAAGUACAGCAGUGUGAAAAGUGCAUUGUCUGGCCUCUGUGGGAUUCCAGCUCAUCUCCUCAGGCUAGCUGAGGUCACAGCAGCCCAGAUCAGGAAUGUUCCUCCAGAUGACCAGAAGAUAAAAACAUUGGCUAGCAGUUCAUUGUAUGCAUAUGAACUGCCUGAGAAUAUGAGUUCAGGCUCCUUGUCAGGUGGGGAGGAGGAGCGACUGUCAUUGUGUUCACUCAAAUCACAGAGAGAAGCACAGACUUUCACAGCAAUUCAACGUUCCAUCCAGCCCAAACAACAGUCAGCAGGAAUGACGAAGAUUGGCAACAGUAUUGGAGGAGACAUUAGUUGUUUAAAACAGCAACCCAUUAACAGUAAAACUGUAAUAGAUGAGUCCUCUGAAGCAUCAUCAAGUCCUUCUCAACCUCCUCCAGUGCCAGCUGCCACCACUGUGGAGGUAAGGUGGCACCACAGUUUCUGCAUGCCUGCUGCAUUCUUAUGCUUCAAGUCAUCUUCCGCCACUCCUUCAUCUGCACCACCGGCAUCAAAUUCCAGCAUCGGAAUGGUGGAUGAGCUGUCACCAGUAUCACAGCUGCAUCAGUCAAGUGGGAACAGCUCAGCUAGCUCAGGAAGCUUAGCAGGGCUAAGUGACACAGAUACUGUGACCACGCUGCCUGGCCCAAUUCAUGGCUUCAUUAUUGCUUUGCAUCGAAAGAUGAUCCGACAGGAUGUUUACUUCAUGUCAUCACAAAAGACCAAGCCAAGCUUAUUUGGACUGCCUCUCAUUGUUCCUUGUUGUGAGUCAACCACUCAUCAGGAUUUGUACCAAGCUGUGUGGGUCCAGGUGGCUCGCCUUGUAUCUCCUUUGCCUCCAUCAGAGACUGCAGCCCCUAAUCAUGCUCAGGACUGUGAUGACAGUCUAGGCUAUGAGUUCCCAUUUGUCCUGAAGGCAGUACAGAAAGACGGUUCACAGUGUGCAUGGUGCCCCUGGUACAGGUUCUGUCGUGGCUGUCGGAUCCAAUGCUGUGAUGCUGAAUUCAAUUUUGGUAGCAGCCAUCUUGCCAUUGAUUGGGAUCCCACAGCAUUACAUCUCCGUUAUCAGACAUCACAAGAAAGGGUUUAUGUUGAGCAUGAGAGUGUAGCUCUCACAAAACAGCAGCAAUCUGAGCCCAUCAAUCUGGACUAUUGCCUUGAAGCAUUCACCAAAGAGGAGCACCUAGGCGAGGAUGAAAAGUAUUAUUGCUCCAAGUGUCGAGAGCACCAACUCGCCAGCAAAAAGCUGCAAAUUUGGAGGUUGCCUCCAAUUCUUAUUGUUCACUUAAAAAGGUUCCAGUUUGUCAAUGGAAAAUGGGUGAAGUCUCAGAAGGUGGUGAAUUUCCCUUUCAAAGACUUCGAUCCAACAGCUUACUUGGCAUCUGUACCUAAACAUACAGUAGUGAGGCACAGGGAGCUGGAAAGGCUGAGGUUCGAAGAAGUGGGUGGAGUCUUCAUCUACUCACCACUUGCCCUCAAUGGGGGACAGGAAGUAAUAUCAUCAGAAGACAGGAAUUUAGAAGCAUUCAAAGUUGAGGAUGGACUAUUAGAGGCAGAUCUUUGCAGUCAAAAGAGAAACUUGGCAAAUGGUGAUGUCCCAAAUCUUCGCCUUUCUGUUUUGGCAAGAGAACGGUUAGAAUCCACAUCCUUGGUUCGUACCCCAGUCACUGACAGUGCUCUUCAGGACUUCCAUCAGCACAGGUUGAACUUGGGCACUGAUCCAUUUGAUCUCAAGUAUCAUCUCUAUGCCAUUGUUUCUCAUUCUGGUAUCCUGGGAGGUGGUCAUUAUGUAAGCUAUGCCUGUAACCCAAAUGGAAAAUGGUACUGCUAUAAUGACAGCAGCUGCAAGGAAGUGAGUGAGAAUCAGAUGGAUACUAGUUCUGCAUACAUGUUGUUCUAUGAACGAGAAGGUUUAUGUCAGCUGCAGUACAUGCCCAGUGUUGCUGGUAAGACACCCGACACACGAGACCUUGAUGAUGACUUUGACUCGGACCUGAAGAAACUGUGCUGCAUGAUGUGAAGAGAUAUGUCUGGUGGUUGAUUACAGUGAGCCUUCAUAAUUUAUUCAAAGUUUGUUUCAGAACUGUUCUCCAUAUGUCUGCCCAUACAGCAGUGUGUGUGUGUGUGUGUGUGUGUGUGUGUGUGCUCAUGGCACAAAAAGUAAUGUCUUUGAAAAUUUUCUCUAGCAUGUUAGUAAUCAAGCUCAAGGUUUGUAACUGGCUGAUGAUGAGACCCUGUCAAUUGUUAGGAUUCUGCUAGUACUUUACUGAUAACAAGUCUUGGAACUAUGGUUAAUUCUGCUUUUAUACUGGCAUGAAACUUCUUUCUGUAUAAUACAUAGCAUUGUGAAUACAGGAUUUCUAUUAAACAUUUCAAGGUUAUAAUGUGUUAUAUUUCUGUAACUGUAAUGUAACAUAUUCAAACAAAACAUCUGGAAAAUUAGUCACUAUUACUGGUAAUACCACACACAUUUUUACAACAUUCAGUAAUUGCUCAUAGAUCCCCUUGAAAAUAAUUAAUCUACUGAUUUCAUUACUUACUGGCUCAAUAUUAAUUUCAUUUCAUUUCAUUCUGCAGAUGAUCACUACUGUCAGGAUGUAUGAACCAAACAGUAAAGGGGUGUUUAUGUGCUAAAUGUAUAUAAAAUGUGGCUUGUUGAACAGACAGUAUUCCAGCAUUGCUGUGAACAGGGAGUCAGAGAUUUAGAGGUUACUUGCUGUCACAUGGAAUUAAUGUUUUCAUUCUUGAUCAAUAGAAAGUAAUGUUAAGGAGAUCAGAUUUUUAUCCAGACAGUUACAUAGAAGGUUUAGUUGAUAACCAAGUAAUUGGUGCCAUUGUGCCACAACAGGGAUGGCCAGUAAAUGAACAGUGUAAGAGAUCAUAAGGGUCCACAGAUGAAGUUCAGUGAGCCAUUAAUUGUGGUGAGUGCAUGUUACAUUUAUUACAGAAGAGUAACUUAAAGUUGUAAACCCAAAUGAUGUGUGCAGAUUACAACAAAAGAGAUAUUUUAUUUUAUGGCAUUGUUACAUCUAUAUUAUAAUAUUACAUGACUAAUUAUUUUAGAGUUAUCUGACCUCACUACAUGUUGUGUGAGGGGAAGAAACUUUAAUGACAGCAGAGCACUUGCCAGUCUGAGGGAGUAGGGGCAAUUGAAAAAUUAAACUGUUUCCUUUAGGCCAAUGAACUGGUGUUUAGAAUAUUAAUAUAUUCUGCAUCCUUUCAGCCUAUGUCUGAUUUGGUAUCAUCAAGUAAUACAACUAUAUCAUGGUUUGCAAACCAUGGGCUCUCAUUGGUAAAUGAGUUGAUUUCUGACAUUCCAGCAGUCUAACAGUUUUAUUAUAAAAGACAUUAGAACACAACAGAAUUUUGAUGAAUAAAUGUAUGCAUUAAUUGGAAGAGGUGGUGUACAGUAAAGAUUAAAACUUGGUUUUUGACACACCUAUGGAAUUGGAUUGUUUCAAGUAACUGUGUUGGCUCUGCUUAUUGAGAAAGAAACAUGUUUAACUGGUGUUAAAUCUGAACUGCACUGUUGCUAUCUGUGCCAGGAUCUAACAUACAAAAUAAUAUAAAAUGCAUAACUUC